AAUAAAAGAAAAUCAUAUGUCAAGAAGAUAAAACAAAACUACUCCUUAAUUUCCAGCUUAUUUUUUUAAUUUACAGAGCCGUCCCUAACUUAAAAUCAAGGGCAAUGGCAUCAAGAUUUUGCAGGCUCUUGGGGCCAAUUGCAUCCAAUGUUGCAAAAAGUAGAGUUUUGCAGCAGCCUGCUGUGCUAUCCCAGGCAUGUCGGUUUCAAACUACAGAAUCAACACAGAAAUUUCCUACUAUAAGACAAGUUGACUCUGUCAAAACACAGACACUUUCAGACUUUGGUCAAUAUGUGGCUGAAAUGUUGCCUAAAUAUGUGCAAAAGGUAGACCUAUGUCAUGGUGAUGAACUAGAAGUUUAUGUUCAUCCUGAUGGUAUUAUACCAACUAUUUUAUUUCUACGUGAUCAUCAUUAUGCACAAUUUCUUAAUCUCAGUGAUUUAACGUGCGUCGAUGUACCGGCUAGACCAUAUAGGUUUGAG